CUCUCAAGGAUUGCAUCGUGCGGAGGGACAAGACCUGAGACGAUGAUCGACGUUUCAAGAACGCCGGAGUUCUCCAACGUCGGAAACAUGAAUUCCAUCUCAGUGUGCGACGCGUCCUCUGACCAGGACCUGGGCUCCGUGGCCGGGGAAAGAGGCCGGCAAAGGUCUCACUCCUACUACAGUCCAGAGACCAGCAAGAAUUACAGCGCGCAGACAGAGGAGACCUUUCUCAGGCCUCGCUCCAGGUCCUUUUACGGUUAUGAGACGACUGAGCUUAACUCCGAUUUUGACGCGGGAAACUUCUCAACGUCCGGUCCGCUGAGGCAGAGGGCGAGCUCCCUCCUCCAGUAUCAAGUGAACAAAAAGGAGAAGAGGGAAGGGGAUGGGGCUGGUGUUGGAGUCGGCUCGAAGAAGUCCAAGUCUAAACGAAGCAAGCACUCACAAACAAGAGAACAUAAUGGCAGUAAAGGCAAUAUCAAGCCAGUGUUCAUGAUGACCAUCUCUGAGUCGGACAAGUGGGAGAUUAACUCCUGCUCGGGGAUGAAGUACGGGCAGUUUGUGGACUGGGAGAAGAUUGACCCCGAAGCUGCGACCCGAUACCAGCAGAUCCUGCAGAGUGACCACCAGCAGCUGAAAGCCAUGGGCCGAGAAGGAUUCUGGGCCACGCCGCACACGCUCAGGGCCAAAGCUUACAACCACAUCAUCCACAGCAUCAAUUCCAGCAGGUGCGUCACUCCAGACAGAAGUACCCACUAUGAACUGGCCAAGCAGCACUUUGGAGAACAGAAAAUCAGCACUCAUCCGGUCCCGGAGUACAUGGAGGCAGGGGAAAUACCCAGAUACUGUCUCAACAAAGCGGGCAUGAACUCGGUGAAAAAGAUCCUCAUCUGCCUCGGCAAAUGCUUCCCGGAUAUGAACUUCUGCCCCAUCCUGCCCGAACUGGUCUCCCUCCUCCUCCACUUCAGCGAGGACGAGGCCGAGUGCUUCCACAGCGUGUCCCGGCUCAUCUGCUACACCGACCCCAACAAGCGCUACAUCGACCAGACCUUCCUCACCUACCGCGCCUCCUGUAUGACCUUCGGAGACCUCGCCAACCGGUGCUGCAGGGGCAUCCGCAAGCUGAUUGCCAGCUCUCACCAGAACCUCUUUGAGUUCUACUCCGACUGGAUCAUGUGGAUAUUCGCCGACCUCCCGUUCACGUACGCCAUCAGGGUGCUGGAUGUCUACAUCCUGGAGGGCUACAAGGUCCUCUACAGGGUGGCGCUGGCUUUGCUCGGCCUCUACAAGGUGUCCGUGUCAUCCAGAGUGGCAGACGUGGAGGACUUCCGCACGGACAUGAAGAGGUUCGUGCAGAGUGUUGCUCGCCACUGCACGGCUGAGAACCUCCUGGAGAGGGCCUUCCUGAUCCCAAUGGCCACGCGGAGGGAGCUCAACCUCCUGUUCAAUGCCAACAAGGACGCCCUCAUGCAGAAAGGCGUCGGCGCCCAUCAGAAGAGGCAGUCGGUCGAGACGGUGAACUUCAGCAACCUCGCCUCCAGUGUUGUGACUGGGACCGAGAUGAGAGUCGUGUGGGCCUGGAUACCCGAGCGCUUCUCUCUUUUCAGCCCCAUCAGGCUGUUCAGCACGGCGGAACACGGAAGAAGCCUCGCUUCAUUCUAUUCACAUGUGGAGGGACACGAACCAGCGGUGUUGAUUAUCAAAACUAUGUGUGAAGAGGUCUUCGGUGCCUUCCUGUCCACAGACGUGAUAGAAAGAAAAAAGCACGUCUCUCGGGGACUCACAUACUUUGGAACCGGGGAAUGUUUCGUUUUUACGCUGCGUCCCAGCAUGGAGCGCUACCAGCAGGCCAUGGUCAACAUAAUGACCAGAGCAGCUUCCCCUCAGCAGGCUCGAAACGCCGGCUUCGCCUCCUCUCCGGUGUCCAACAGCGGCUGUUCCCUGACCACCACCCCGACUCUGACCUGUCCCGCUGGAACCCCGCAGGACCCCAGCUACCUGACGAUCCCCUUCACCGCCCCAUCAGAGGAGCCCACGAUGGCCAAAGAGCCGAGGAGGUCCAAGGAACAGGAAGCGUCCAUGUUCAUCGCAGGCAGCGACAGUCAGCUCAUCAUCGGUGGUGAUGGAGGCCACGCACUCUUUCUACAGGAAGACCUGGAGGGGGGCCGCUCAGAGCCUUGUGACACAUUCAAGAGCACCCAACUGUGCAAGGGGCAUUUCAAGAUCCAGGCCCUUGAAGUGUGGGGCAUCCAGAACUCUAUUUCCUUUUCUGAAUGCUUUCCCUCUCAGUAGACUAACGGGAGAGAGAGAGAGAGAGAGAGAGAGAGAGAGAGAGAGAGAGACCAUGAAGCCUUUUGGGUAUAAACACUGAUUUUUAUGUAAAAAUGUUGAUAUUUAUUUAGCUCUCAUAAAAAAUAUGGAAAAUCUCCAAGCGAAAAACUACUACGAAAGCUUGCAUGCAUCUGUAAUGAAUCCUAUCUGUGGCAAAAAAAGAAUUACUUUACUAGGAUGUAUAUAGUUCCGUUUUGUUCUUAUUAUUUAUCAGUUUAUUUGUAUUUGAUACACAAUGAAACUCAAUGCCCUUUUUUUAAAAUGUUGUGAUCAGUGAUUUUUUUUACUGUUGUAAUUGGGUCAAAAGCAAAUGUUUCAUACUGAAUUUGUAUUUUUUCUUUUUUUACUUUCUGUUUAACCUUUUUUCUGAGUUGUCAACAGCUAUUACCAAUAAGGGGUGUAGGCAUAUAAAUAUGUGUGUGUAGGAGGGCAUGCCGGCUUAUUUGUUGUUAAAAUAACCUGAAGGGUUUAUAAUAUCCUUUACAGUAGAAAUACCAUGUACAAUAGUGCACAUAUACUCGCAAUGUGAACCAAAUUAGUGCUCGCUAAGUGGUCAAAGGAUGCAGCUGAACCUGAUAUGAACUGGGGUGAAACAUUUUGGGGGGGGAUUGUUUGUUUGU